AUGUUGCGCCCGCGCAAGCACACCACUCCACUACCAUUCGCCGAAGCGGACGCAAUGGCGACUCGGUGUUUACUUUUCCUGUGCUUUACUGCGCUAACUCUUUCUGAACCAAUCCCAGGAAGGAUCCCUAAGGUCUAUAAUGCCCUUAUUACGUCGAAUCAAAAUUUGGAGCCAAGUAAAGCUUAUCCAGUGUAUCAGCCAGUUUUGAGGAACGCCUUCCCGUAUCCAAUUCAACCUGUCUUCUAUGGUGAUUUUCCAUUCACAAAUAGCUUGUUGCCUCCACUGGCGCAACCAUCAGUUGUGUCAAAAGAGUUAACUCCAAAUGUAGAAUCAGCAUCUCCAGAGUCACCAAAAGAAGAGUCGCCCUCGGACAGUCCUCCUGAACCAAGCAGCCCUGAACCAAAGACCAAUGAUGGAACCGAAGCACCACCUCCACCACCAAAAACUGAAUCGCCAAUACCUCUUAACGAAUUCGGUUUACCACCACAAGUCGUACCCUUGGGCAACUUCGGUUCUGGCUAUGAAUUCACGCAGAUAAACACGUUCCCAUAUUCUUUCCCAGGCCUACGUUUUUAUGACCCAUAUGACCCCUUUUUAUUCAACCCUUAUGCAAAUUUUCCUUUGUAUCGACCGCUUUCAAAUGCUUUGGCUCCUUUGCCUGCUGCCCCCGUGGCAAAAGAAGUGCCAAAAGCAACACCAGCACCAGAAAGUUCUGAGGCAGGUGCAACACCUCCAUCAGAACCUAGCGACCUUAACAUUUUGAACUACUCAGCAAAAGAUCCAGCUAUACCGAAUGUACCACCACCACCUUUGCCUCAGGGAGGGUUAAAACCCGACACUGAAUAG